AUGGUCACGGGUAGCCAUGAUCGCCUUCUUCAAAGCUUCAUUGAUGCUCUUGCCCGUGGUUUUGACAUCAAAGAUUUGGGGCCACUACACUACUUUCUUAGUGUGCAGGUUCACACCUUCUCUCAUGGGCUUCACCUUAAUCAGGUCAAAUAUGCUCAUGAUCUCCUUUUUAAACAUGAUAUGUUGCUUACCAAGCCGAUGAGUACCCCUAUGUCUGCCAAGGAUGCGCUCACUGCCACUGAUGGUGCGUUACUUGAUAAUCCCACAAACUUCCGGACACUCGUCGGUGCUUUGCAGUACCUCACGAUUACACGUCCGGAUAUAGCUUUUGCGGUCAACUCGGUUUCUCAGUUUAUGAGUCAACCUCGUCUUCCUCAUCUUGUGGCCGUGAAGCGCAUUCUUCGCUAUGUCAAAGGAACACUUGGUCAUGGUUUAUCCUUUGCUCCUCAGCAUCAGCCAAUGCACCUCUCCGCCUACUCUGAUGUGGAUUGGGCAGGCUAUCCUGACUCCCGCUGGUCUACGUCAGAUUUUCUUGUGUAUCUUGGUUCAAAUUUGAUCUCUUGGUGCUCCAAGGAGCAGCCCACGAUUGCCCGCUCGAGUGCCGAGUUGGAAUAUCAUUCUCUUGCUCAUGCCUGCGCUGAAACUACUUGGUUGGGUUAUCUGCUCUAUGAACUUGGUGCUUGCAUUCAGUUUCCCAUCUUAUUGCAUUGUGAUAAUUUUAGUGCUACCUACACGGCGUCCAAUCUUGUGUUUCAUGCUCGAACUAAGCAUAUCGAGCUUGAUUAUCAUUAUGUUCGCGAAAAAGUUGCUCUUGGCAGUCAUCGAGUCUGCUUCAUUCCUUCUGUUGAUUAG